UAGAGCUUUACUGCUUUGCUUAAUAAAUUACUUACUGUGAUUAAAUAGCAGACAGCCUACAACAGUCAUACAGCAACAAAGUAAGCAGUCUAUCUAUAUUAACUUGCUGUAAGGUUCAGACAUAAGCUGCAAUGUAGAGAAUAACAUUCUUAGGAAGUGUAUGACUGACAGAACUUGUCUAUCAAUUCUUAGAGCUGCUGAAAAGCAUGACUUCCUGUUCUGUUGUUCAUAAACCUCCAGUCAGAAGGGUUGCUAUCUUUGGAGGAACUCAUGGUAAUGAAUUAUCAGGGAUAUUUUUGGUCAAGCACUGGCAAGAGAAUGGAGCUGAAAUUCAAAGAACAGGAAUGGAAGUGAAACCAUUUCUUACCAACCCAAGAGCUGUGAAGAAGUGUACUAGAUACAUCGACUGUGAUCUGAACCGUGUUUUUGACCCUGAUAAUCUUGGCAGGACAGUGGUGGAAGAUAUUCCAUAUGAAGUGAGAAGGGCUCAGGAAAUCAAUCAGAUAUUUGGUCCAAAAGGUAGUGAUGAUGCCUAUGACCUUAUUUUUGACCUUCACAACACCACUUCUAACAUGGGUGGUACCCUUAUUCUUGAAAACUCCAGUGAUGACUUUACAAUUCAAAUGUUUCAUUAUAUCAAGAAUGCUUUGGCUCCAGAAUGCUGUCCUGUUCUGCUGAUUGAACAUCCUAACUUGAAAUAUGCAACAACCCGAUCUGUAGCAAAACAUCCUGUUGGUGUGGAGGUGGGUCCCCAGCCACAAGGUGUUGUUAGAGCUGACACUUUGGACAAAAUGAGGAAGAUUGUCAAACACGGCCUUGAUUUUGUUCAACUUUUUAAUGAAGGAAAAGAAUUUCCACCAUGUACAAUUGAGGUUUAUAAAAUAAUGGAGAAAGUAGAUUAUCCCAGGAAUAAAAAUGAUGAAGUUAUUGCUAUUAUUCACCCUAAACUGCAGGAUCAAGAUUGGCAGCCACUGAACAACGGUGAUCCUCUAUUUUUAACCCUUGAUGGAGAAGUAAUUGCAUAUAAAGGGGACUGUACAGUCUAUCCAACAUUUAUUAAUGAAGCUGCAUAUUAUGAAAAGAAACAAGCUUUUGUAAAAACAAUCAAAAUGGAACUCACUGCAGAACACAUCAGAUCCUCAGUUUUAGACCGGAACACUUCUUGAAAGCUUUUUACAAGUUAUCCUUAAAAAUAGUGGAUUUCUUCUCUGUGAAAUUCAGUGCCAUUCAGUAGUUAUUCACAGACUAAAUAUAUGCAGAAUCUAAUUUUAAAUUGUAAUUUAAUUAACCUUGUUGAGAACUUUUAAGAUGAAAGAUGUCAUAAUGCUAAUUAUGGCUACUAUUUACUUGUUCUAAUAGAUUACUAUAGAUAUAAAUAAUAUUUUUAUGAAGUUUGAUAGUUCAUGCUAUAUAAAAUGAUUAAACCAUGUACAAGAUAUAUUGAUGAGUAGCUAUAAAGCAUCUAUCCAGAAUUACAGAGAAAGUAAAUGUUAACCCCUCAAACUACAUGAUAGAGAAAAAAAUACAGCAAUUUUUUACUUUAUAAGCCCAAACAUCCAGUAACCAACAGUUUUUAAAAUGGGGUGAUCCUUGAAAAGAAUUGCUCAGAUAAACUGUAUAAAAUGUGAGACAAAGAAAAUAAGCUAGAGGGAAAGAGACAUUGAAAGGGGAUGUAAAUUAAAAUUCUUUUUUAUUAUCUGCAUAUGUUAUUAGCUCUUACUGCACUGAAAUGGAGGCCUUAGGUUUUGUUUUUAUGAAGACAUAAAAUAAGCUAAAAACAUAAUUUCAGAAAAAAUAUUUUAAAAUCAAACACUGUUUAAAUUGAAACUACUACAAGAUUAAUUCAAGCUGUUUCUGACUUAUCUUUAAAGACAAAAUGUGGUUGGAUUUAGGAAGUGACCAGUAGUCUGAAACACCUACUGUGUUAGGUAUCUCCACCUCCCACUUGUAACAUUUCCAAAUAAAGUUUACAUCAAAUGUUGUGCCCUGAAAGGUUUCAAAGAACAAGGCAGGAUUUAGGUAAUUAUGCAGGCUGUGUUGAAGAACAAUGCACUAAUCAUACCUGACUAUCUCAGAAUGGAAAUUAAGAAAAUCAGUAUGGGGAGACUUCUCAGAAUUUCGAGACUGACUUGUUCUGUAUUUGUAGAAAGAAAGCCUGUCAUACUAGCUGAAAAAGAGAAGAAAAUGAGGAUUUAAUUAACUUUUUACGGAUGUUUUAAAUGUAUUUGACAAUAAUCAGAGACAGAAAAAAUGUUAAGAACUUUGCAUAAAUUCUGAAAGCACACAAUAAUUAGCCGUUUACUAAAUGAUUCGUUACCAACAUAACCCCUAAAGUAUAUACUUCAAAAAGUGAUGUCCUCCUUAUUCACCACUAAGCCAAAAACCUUUCUAGCUUCCUUUGUGUAACCUUAGAGAAAUAAAAUUAAAAUACAGGACAGAAUGA